ACUAAACCAGUCACACAGUCUCAUGCAAGUCAGCUGCCAUUACAAAACCAUACACUGAAAAAGAAAGAUGGUGUUCUGACACUGAAUACGGAGAGCGGUAAUUGUUCCCUCCAGGUACCAAACCUCCAUAAGUGUGAAAUCUGUUUGCUAUCUUUUCCAAAAGUGACACAGUUCCAGCGCCACAUGAGGGAUCAUGAACGAAAUGAUAAGCCUUACCGAUGCGAUCAGUGUCCGAUGUCAUUUAAUGUUGAGUUCAACCUGACACUUCAUAAAUGUACUCACAAUGGGGAAGAUCCUACAUGUUCUGUGUGCAACAAGAAAUUCUCCAGAGUGGCUAGUCUCAAAUCUCAUAUUAUGCUACAUGAGAAAGAAGAGAAUCUUAUUUGUUCAGAAUGUGGAGAUGAGUUUACUUUGCAGAGCCAGCUGUCCAUACAUAUGGAGGAACAUCGUCAGGAAUUGGCUGGAAGCAGGACCCAUAGCUGCAAGUCCUGUAAAAAGGAAUUUGAGACAUCCUCACAGCUUAAGGAACAUAUGAAAACUCACUACAAAAUAAGAGUAUCCAACACUAGAUCUUACAACCGAAACAUUGACAGAAGUGGGUUUACUUAUUCAUGUCCGCACUGUGGAAAGACAUUCCAAAAACCAAGCCAAUUAACCCGACAUGUUAGAAUACAUACAGGUGAAAGACCAUUUAAAUGUAGUGAAUGUGGAAAAGCCUUUAACCAGAAGGGGGCAUUACAGACACACAUGAUUAAGCAUACAGGUGAAAAGCCUCAUGCUUGUGCCUUUUGUCCAGCAGCCUUUUCUCAGAAAGGCAAUCUUCAGUCACACAUACAGAGAGUUCAUUCCGAGGUGAAGAAUGGCCCUACCUAUAACUGUACAGAAUGUAGCUGUGUUUUCAAAAGCUUAGGCAGCUUAAAUACUCACAUCAGCAAGAUGCAUAUGGGUGGUCCACAGAACUCGACAAGCACUUCUACAGAAGCAUCUCAUGUUACAAUGGAUCCUGUGUGUCAGCCUCUAACAACAUCUCCUGCUAAUCUGAUACAACCUGUUGAUAAUAAAUGGAAGAAUGCCACACAUUUUCGGUCUCCGCUUCUUCAACAGACAGAAAACCAAGUAACAUCAGCUGCAGGUCAGCAGGGGCAACAGGCUGUAACAGAUGUCAUCCAGCAGCUCCUUGAGCUGUCAGAACCAGGUCCAGUGGAAAAUAAUCAGCCCCAACAAUCUGGCCAACAACUCAAUAUUGCAAUGGGACUCAAUCGAGACAUCUUGCAGCAAGCCUUAGAAAACAGUGGGCUGUCUUCAAUUCCAGUCUCAGCGCAUCCUACAGAAUGUAGCCAAGCUAAGACUCCUACAGCUCAGGAUCAAAAUCCAGAUGUUCAGAACCUUUCUAAUCAUCAAGCUGACCCUAAUAAUGCAGAACAAGAUAAAGAGCAAGAAAGCCCAGAUAAGAUUGAUAAAAAAGAGAAAAAAGUUAUAAAGAAAAAGUCACCAUUUUUACCUGGUUCUGUACGUGAGGAGAAUGGAAUAAGAUGGCAUGUUUGUACAUACUGCUCUAAAGAAUUUAAAAAACCUAGUGAUCUAGUGCGCCACAUUCGAAUUCACACACAUGAGAAGCCAUUCAAGUGUCCCCAGUGUUUCCGCGCCUUUGCUGUGAAGAGCACUCUGACAGCACACAUAAAAACACAUACUGGCAUUAAAGCUUUUAAGUGCCAGUAUUGCAUGAAAUGUUUUUCCACUUCAGGAAGCUUAAAAGUUCACAUUCGUCUGCAUACAGGUGUGAGACCUUUUGCUUGUCCUCACUGUGAUAAAAAGUUUAGAACAUCAGGCCACAGAAAGACUCAUAUUACUUCACACUUUAAACACACUGAACUACGAAAGAUGCGACACCAGCGUAAACCUCCAAAAGUUCGAAUAGGAAAGACCAGCGUUCCAGUACCGGAUAUUCCUUUGCAAGAACCCAUACUCAUCACUGAUUUAGGUCUUAUCCAGCCGAUCCCAAGGAAUAGCCAGUUUUUCCAAAGUUAUUUUAAUAAUAGUUUUGGAAAUGAAGCAGACAGGCCAUACAAGUGUUUUUACUGCAGUCGUGCAUAUAAAAAAUCUUGUCAUCUUAAGCAACAUAUCAGAUCACACACUGGUGAGAAGCCAUUUAAGUGUUCUCAAUGUGGAAGAGGUUUUGUGUCAGCUGGAGUGCUAAAAGCACAUAUUAGAACUCAUACUGGACUGAAAGCUUUUAAGUGUCUUAUAUGUAAUGGGGCAUUCACUACUGGUGGUAGCCUCAGGCGGCACAUGGGCAUCCAUAAUGAUCUCCGACCAUAUAUGUGUCCAUAUUGUCAAAAAACAUUCAAAACGUCAUUAAACUGCAAAAAGCACAUGAAAACUCAUAGGUAUGAGCUUGCACAGCAGCUGCAGCAGCAUGAGCAAGCUGCUUCAAUAGAUGAUUCAACAGUAGAUCGACAGAGCAUUCAUGUUUCUACUCAGAUGCAAGUAGAGAUUGAAAGUGAUGAGCUGCAGCAGCCAGAAGCUGCCACAGCAGAUCAAGAAGCUAUUUUAGAACUAGACCAGCAGCAGGUAGUAGCCACAGAAGAAACAGGACUGGGGCAACAAUUGACUGACCAGUCUUUAGAACAAGAUGAAGAUAGGUUUGUGACAUCCCAGCAUACUUUACAGGAGAACAUCAAUCAGUUUGAACAGCAAGCUCUAACACAGCCGUCAUUUGAUCAACAAGGGUUAUCACAAGGUUUUACAGUGAAUGACAGCUACAAUCAACAGAAUCAAUUUCCAGCUGUACAGCAGCUACAGGAUUCAAGCACACUUGAGUCUCAGGCUCUUUCAACAAGUUACCAUCAACCAAAUCUUCUUCAAGUUCCUAACACAGAAACUAUUAACGUAACUACGCGUCUCCUACAAGAUCAGUCACAAGAAGAACUUGAACUUCAUGCCCAACGCUCCCAGUUUCUUGAGGACAACGAAGAUCAAAGUAGACGUUCAUACAGAUGUGAAUAUUGCAACAAGGGUUUUAAGAAAUCCAGCCAUUUGAAGCAGCAUGUGCGAUCACACACUGGGGAGAAGCCUUAUAAAUGUCAGCUGUGUGGCCGUGGAUUUGUUUCCUCGGGAGUUCUUAAAUCACAUGAGAAGACUCACACAGGAGUUAAAGCAUUCAGCUGUAGCAUUUGCAAUACAGCUUUCACUACCAAUGGCAGCCUUACUAGGCACAUGGCAACUCACAUGAGCAUGAAGCCUUACAAGUGCCCAUUCUGUGAUGAAAGCUUCCGAACAACCGUUCACUGCAAAAAGCACAUGAAAAAACACCAAACAGUCUCCUCUGCAGAAGCAGUACCUGGAGAGGCAGGAGGAGGAGUUUUAUGUGUGGAAGAAGCUGAUGAAAAUUCUGAAAGAACGGCUUCCAGAAAAUCUCGGCCUGGUGUCAUCACUUUCACAGAGGAAGAAACAGCAGAACUUGCAAAAAUAAGACCUCAAGAAAGUGCCACAGUUUCAGAAAAAGUUCUUGUCCAGUCUGCUGCAGAAAAGGACAGAAUUAGUGAGAUCAAAGAUAAGCAUGCAGAAUUGGAAGCAGAGCCCAAGUACGCCAAUUGUUGUACUUAUUGUCCCAAAAGCUUUAAAAAACCCAGUGAUUUAGUCAGGCAUGUUCGUAUCCACACUGGGGAGAAACCAUAUAAAUGUGAUGAAUGUGGAAAGAGUUUUACUGUGAAGUCUACUCUGGAUUGCCAUGUAAAAACACACACAGGUCAGAAGCUCUUCAGUUGUCAUGUAUGCAGUAAUUCUUUUUCUACCAAAGGGAGUCUAAAAGUGCAUAUGCGCCUGCAUACAGGAGCAAAGCCAUUUAAGUGUCCACACUGUGACUUACGGUUUCGUACUUCAGGGCGUAGAAAAACCCACAUACAAUGUCACUAUAAACCAGAAGCCAAGAGGGUCAGGAAGUCUAUGACCCGUACAUCUACUGAGGGACUACAACCAGUGAAUCUUCUCAACUCUUCCACAACAGACCCCAAUGUUUUUAUUAUGAAUAAUUCUGUUCUGACAGGUCAAUUUGAUCAGAAUUUGCUUCAACAAGGACUUGUGAGCCAGGCAAUCCUUCCUGCUUCUAUGUCAGCUGGAGGUGACUUAACUGUGUCCUUGACAGAUGGUAGCUUGGCCACCCUUGAAGGCAUACAGUUACAGCUUGCUGCUAAUCUGGUUGGACAGAACGUUCAAAUUUCUGGAAUAGAUGCUGCCAGUAUUAACAACAUCACAUUACAGAUUGAUCCCAGUAUUUUACAGCAGACACUACAGCAGAGUAAUUUACUUGCCCAGCAAUUAACUGGGGAUCCCAACAUGGCUCCACAGAACAACUCCCUCCAGACCACAGACAACACGGUUCCCGCUAAUGUGGUUAUCCAGCCGAUAUCAGGCUUGUCUUUACAGCCCACAGUUACGUCUUCAGCUAAUGUAACAAUAGGAUCACUGUCUGAGCAAGACUCUGUGUUGACAACUAAUAGUAAUGGUGCACAGGAUCUCUCUCAAGUCAUAACAUCACAGGGUAUGGUGUCCACUUCAAAUGGUCAGCAUGAGAUAACAUUGACUAUAAAUAACUCAAGUUUGAGUCAAGUUCUAGCUCAUGCUGCUGGCUCCACCACUACAAAUUCUUCAGGAAGUCCACAAGAAAUUACUCUCACCAUAUCUGGUCAAGAUCUUAUUCAGCAUAAUUCUUCAGGAACUAAUGAGUUGAAUGGGAGUUUGCGACUGACAACGCCAACAAUCAGCAAUCAGUCAACAGGUGCUACAUUAACUUUAAGCAAUGAUCAACUUCUGUCUCAGGGUCCAUCACUGAACACUUCAGAACUUAAUACAUCAAGUGGAAAUCUUCCUUCAGCACCACCCAUGUCUCAAUCCACAGUUUCUGCUCAGAAUUUAGUAAUGUCUUCAUCUGGAGUUGGAGGAGAUGGUAGUGUCACCUUGACCUUGGCUGAUACUCAGGGCAUGUUGUCUAGUGGUCUUGAUGCAGUUACACUUAAUAUCACUUCACAGGGUCAGCAGUUCCCUGCUUUACUCACAGAUUCUAGUCUCUCCAGCCAAAGCGGUUCGGGCUCACAACAAGUCAUACUGGUGAGCCAUACACCACAUUCAACAUCUGCAAACUCUGAUGAAAUAACGUAUCAGGUGGCCGAGGUUUCUUCUAACCUGACUAAGAGCAGUCAAGUAGAAAAAGAGGGCCGUAUACACCAGUGCUUUGAAUGCAAUCAAACCUUUUCUUCAGCUACAAUGUUAAUGCACCACAGUAAAGAGGUUCACGGCAAGGAGAGAAUUCACGUUUGCCAUGUUUGCAAUAAAGCCUUCAAACGGGCAACACAUCUCAAGGAGCACAUGCAAACCCAUCAGGCUGGACCUUCCCUAAGUUCCCAGAAGCCAAGAGUGUUUAAAUGUGAUACUUGCGAAAAGGCUUUUGCUAAACCAAGUCAGCUGGAGAGGCAUAGCCGCAUCCACACAGGGGAACGUCCAUUUCACUGUUCACUGUGUGAAAAAGCUUUUAACCAGAAGAGUGCCCUUCAAGUGCAUAUGAAAAAGCACACAGGAGAGAGGCCUUACAAAUGUGAUUACUGUGCAAUGGGCUUUACACAGAAAAGCAAUAUGAAACUCCAUAUGAAACGAGCUCAUGGUUAUGUUGGCACUGUACAAGAAUCUGCCAGCCAUCAAGAACAAGAAGGGGAAGAUAUCAAUCGUACUUUGAAUUUAGAAGAGGUUGUUCAAGAAUCUUCAAAUGAAUGGCAGAGUAUAAGCAAUGUUUUUCGAUGACACCUUAGUUGAAAGUUUUUCUUUCAGGACUUGAAUUUCUCAACGUACAUUUUGAAAAAAGUAAAGCAUAUGGAUUUUACAGUUGAUGCUUGAAGCAUUGGAAAUAGUAACAAUACAAUAAUAUAUUAUAGCUUUUUUAAUUAUUUACAGAAAGUACCGUACUUAAAAGAAUCAUUGUUUUUUGUAAACUUGCAGGAAUAUAUUGAAAAAAAAUCAAUUAAUCUGUUAAAUUGUCUACAGAUCAAUGAACUCAGGUAAUACUGCAUGCAGUUUCAUCUUCUAAUCCAGAGCUAGUAUAUCUAGUUGAACAAUUAACUGGAAUUUCACAUC